AUGAGUUCCUUUACUGACUCAACGAGGACACACCUCGGACUGCCUUCCUCGCUAUCACCUCUGGUAACUCAAUGUCGUGGCUUUGCUGACACCCUGAACAAAGACUUGAGAGAGCGCCUUAAUAAGCUGACUAAAGCCACCCGCAUUGUGAUUCUGAUGAAGGGCAAUCCUAGUCAGCCGCGCUGCGGCUUCUCGAAUGCUGUCUGCCGUAUCCUCGAGGCCCACGGUGUGCUAGACAAGGUGGACAAGGACGGAAAUGCCAUCGUUUCCUCCUGUGACGUCCUCGAAGAUGACGAGGUUCGUGAAGGCGCAAAGAUCUUCUCUGAUUGGCCCACCUUCCCACAAGUUUACUUUGAUGGCGAGUUUGUUGGUGGCUGCGACAUCCUCCUAGACAUGCACCGUUCGGGCAAGCUCGCCGCGGAACUGAAUCGUUUGGGCAUUAAAUCAAAACUCCCAGCAGAGCCCUCAAGCUCCUCCUAA